AAAAAGAUGGAUGCACAGUCUUUCCUCCGUGGCAAUGAGACAGUCGAUGACUUUUACAACCGAUGUAACAAUUUAUCGAGGUUUGACUGUAGUGAAGAGGAGAUGCUAUGGUGGUUGAUGGGUUCUAAGAGGCUUCCCCUAAAGGAGAUCAUACCAAUAAGUGUAGUUCUAGUCGUGAUAUUUUUGACCGGAGUGGUGGGGAAUGUGUGUGUGUGCGUUGUGAUUGUAAAGCAUCCCGGUUUGCACACAGCUACGAACUAUUAUUUGUUCAGUUUGGCAGUUAGUGAUUUAUUACUGCUGUUAUUUGGGCUGCCUAACGACCUCUCGGUGUAUUGGCACCAGUAUCCCUAUAGCCUGGGAAUGGUGUUCUGCAAAUUGCGCGCGCUCAUUUCUGAAGCCGCCACGUACGUGUCCGUGCUGACGAUCUCAGCGUUCUCCCUGGAGCGGUACCUGGCCAUAUGCCACCCGCUGCACCUGUACGCCAUGGCCGGGCUCACCCGGGCGUCCCGGAUCAUCCUGCUGCUGUGGCUCGUCUCCGUCGUGUGCGCAUCCCCUUUCGCCCUAUACACCGACAUCAUUUAUAGGGAUUAUCCGCCAAAUUCCGGGAACAUAUCCCUGGACUCGGCAUUUUGCGCGCUAAUGGCUUCUUCUCCGCUUCUAGAACUAAGCAGCAUCUUCUUCUUCUUCUUACCGGGGAUCCUCAUUCUGUGCCUGUACGUUCGGAUGGGACUACAGAUAAGGAGCGCAAGCGUCAACGAGAAGACCAAGGUUGGCCUCCUCAACGGGCAGGUGCACGGCGAGACGCGACAGGCCAAGUCCAGGAAAGCCAUCAUUCGAAUGCUGGCGGCAGUGGUGGUGGCGUUCUUCGUAUGCUGGGCGCCGUUCCACAUCCAGCGCUUGUUCUUCAUCUACGGUGAAGACCUGGCCCAGUUCCAGGUCAUCAAUGAACACCUGUUCAACGUCGCAGGCGCACUUUACUAUGUGUCAGCCACCGUCAACCCUAUACUGUACAACGUUAUGAGUGGAAGAUAUCGCGUGGCAUUCAAAGAGACACUUCUCUGCCGCCAGCCGCGCCGCGGCUCAAGGAACAUAGACCUCACCAGCGUCACCAGCAAGGGUUCCCGCAGAAGAGAGAGGAUCUCCUUCAUCAGCAAAGUGGAUUACGUCAAGGACCCAUCACCUUACUGCGUUGAUGAUGAAGACGCGUUGGAAUAUUACACAGAUGUCAAGAAGGUCUAUUUUGGGAAUGGUGAUGUGGCUAAAAAUGAGGCUUAGGCAUUUGGUGCCCGAGUUUUGGAGUUGGUUCAAUAGAAGCCGCUUUGGUUUGUAAUUAAAAUGGUUGAAUGUUACCAUAUAUGAUAUGAAUGGUCCAGCUAUGGGUAAUGUUUGGAUUUUAUAUGUACUUAUAUUUAUGCUAUAGGUAUAUUUAUCAUGUUUAAUGAUUAAGAAAACAAAAUGCUUAGAUAUAUUUAUUUUUCAAAUUUCUGCUAUCAUCUCGUACCGCCGUAUACGAGUAUUCAUAACCUAGAUAAUUGGCGAGCGCAGACCUACCUAAAUAAGGCUUAGAAAUUUGUGAAUAAUUAUCUCAAUAGCGAUUGUAAUGUAAACUCUACGAGUCUGUAUGCUGCGUAUUUCUUGUAUUUUUGUAAAUAAAUGUAUUAAUGAAGAUGAAGCGAAGGAAAUAUGCAGAGAUGCGUGGCAAGUGGAAAGAGGUAGUCUCUGCCUACCCCUCCGGAAAAGAGGCGUGAUUUUAUGUAUGUAUGUAAAUGUAUUAGUAAUGUGCCGUGUGGAUACCGGUACCAAUAAAAAAGAAUUUGACCACUCCAUCUCGUUCCCAUGGAUGUCGUAAAAGGUGACUAUGGGAUAAGCUUAUAAACUUGGGAUUCUUCUUUUAGGCGAUGGGCUAGCAACCUGCCACUAUUUGAAUCUCAAUUCUAUCAUUAAGCUAAACAGCUGAACGUGGCCUAUCAGUCUUUUCAAGUCUGUAGACUCUAUCUACUCCGCAAGGGAUAUAGACGUGAUUAUAUGUAUGUAUGUAUUAAUAAUAGGGAUUGUAUAGACACUGAAUGAAAUUGGCGUAUCAUAAACAAAUUAUCGAUCGACAUCGGGAAACGAGAUCAUUUAGAGGCUAAUAUCAUACAGCGGGAAGACCUAUGUUAAGAUAUACCUAAGGCCUUAGGUAUAAGAUUUCUCAAUUAGGUGUAUAAUUUAGAAGAGAAAUAGAUCAUCUAAUAAUAACAAUUAAGAGA